CCCUUGAUAAAUAUCUCACAAUGGGUCGUGGUCCUAAGAAACAUAUGAAGCGUUUGGCAGCUCCCAAGCAUUGGAUGCUUGACAAGCUUUUGGGUUCUUAUGCCCCUAAGCCCAGCGCCGGUCCCCACAAGCAACGUGAGUGUCUCCCCUUGAUCGUCUUCAUCCGUAACCGUUUGAAGUACGCUCUCAAUGGCCGUGAAACCCAAGCCAUUCUCAUGCAACGUUUGGUCAAGGUUGACGGUAAGGUCCGUACCGACUCCACCUUCCCCGCUGGUUUCAUGGAUGUUAUCACCAUCGAAAAGACUGGUGAAAACUUCCGUCUCGUCUACGAUGUCAAGGGUCGUUUCGCCGUCCACCGUAUCACCGACGAAGAAGCCAAGUAUAAGCUCUGCAAGGUUAAGAAGGUCCUUGUUGGUUCCAAGGGUGUUCCUUACAUCACCACCCACGAUGGCCGCACCAUGCGUUACCCCGAUCCUUUGAUCAAGGUUAACGAUACCGUCCGUUUCAACUUGGAAAACAACAAGAUCGAAGAAUUCGUCAAGUUCGAAGUUGGUAAUGUUGUUAUGAUCACCGGUGGUCGUAACAUUGGUCGUGUUGGUCAAAUUGUUCACCGUGAACGUCACAUUGGUGGUUUCGAAAUUGUCCACAUCAAGGAUGCUUUGGAUCGUGUCUUCGCUACCCGUAUUUCCAACGUUUUCGUCAUUGGUCAAGGUAACAAGCCUAUGAUCUCUCUUCCCAAGGGUAAGGGUGUCAAGCUCUCCAUCACUGAAGAACGUGAUCGUCGUAGAGCCGCUGCUGCCAGCAACUAAAUUAUUUCUUAGCUCGGUUUAAAUAACUUUGAAAGAGAUUUUUUGGAAUAAAAUUAUUAUUAUUCUGUGAUUCGUAAAAA